GCCCACAGGGACAAACUGGCAGGCCAUAGGUGUGUGAAUGCAAACUGGGAGAGAUAAAACGGGCAGUGUAGACACGGAUAGGAAGGAUCCCCUUGUGCAGAGAGCCAAAGGGAAGAGAAAGAGAGAUUGUGGAAGUAUUUAUAUGGACAAGAGAAAAACCACAGACCGAGAGGGAGAAAGAUCCAAUCUCGAACUGCAGGGCUUUCUCUGGAGUGGGGCCGGCUGCCCUGUUUGCGCACCUGGGGAGGAGGGGAGCCAGCCCAGGGCUCAGUAACUAGUCCAGAGACACAGUCUGCAGAGGGAGAAAGCAAUCCUCUGCCUGGAGUGCUGUGGGAAGAAGUUAUAUAACCGGCCAAAGGAGUGGCACUUCCCCAAAACCGGGCGAAGGGAGUAGGAACGUUAAAGACAUCAGGGUUUAAGUCCCAACUGAGUCCCAGGGAGGCGCAGGAGUCAGCGGAGAGGGACAAACUGCCUCGUUCAGGCCCACUGCACUGUGAGGACAGCCUGAACAGAAUGGUUUGGGACAGCCGGUCCUUGGAGGAGAGACUGGGGUGUCACUUUUCUCCCUAUCACCAACAAGUUUCAAAAUAAAAGGGAGUUCUCCUUCAUUAAAACGGGGACAUAAAAAAAGGACAUGGAAGGAAGUGGGGGCAAGUGAAAACCUCCAGAGCCUCAGUGACUUUCAGUCACAACUCCCAAAGCAAUAAAAAGGUACCAUAUGCCAACAACCAAACAAAUGGAGACACAAAAUCAUUCCAUGGUGUCUGAGUUUAUUUUGCUGGGCCUCAUAGACUUUCAUGAGUUACAGCUUUGUUUAUUUUUGUUUUUUUCCAUUAUCUAUGUAGUCACUGUGUUAGGUAACCUCAUGAUUAUCUUUGUAGUAAAACUGGACCCUCAAUUACACUCUCCCAUGUACUUCCUGCUGGCCAACCUCUCCUUUAUUGAUAUGUCCCUGGCCUCCUUUGCUACUCCUAAAAUGAUCUGUAACCUAAUUAGUGAAUAUAAGGCUAUCUCCUAUAAAGGCUGCAUGGCCCAGAUGUUCUUCCUUCACCUUUUAGGUGGAAGUGAGAUGAUGUUGCUUGUAGCCAUGGCAAUUGAUAGAUUCAUUGCUAUUUGCAAACCUCUCCAUUACAAAAAUAUCAUGAACCAUCAUGUUUGCAUUGGACUUGCACUUUUUUCCUGGACCACUGGUUUUGUACACACUAUGAGCCAAAUGGUGUUCACAGUGACUUUACCAUUCUGUGGUCCCAAUGUUGUGGAUAGUUUUUUUUGUGAUCUGCCUCGGGUCAUCAGACUUGCCUGCACUGACACUUACAUCCUGGAGCUAUUGGUCAUUGCAUUCAGUGGACUACUCGCUUUGUUCUGUUUCACCUUUCUGUUCAUCUCCUAUAGCAUCAUUCUAAUUACUGUCCAGCGUCGCUCCUCCACCAGGUCUUCCAAGGCUUUGUCCACUCUCUCAGCCCACAUUACAGUGGUGGUGCUGUUCUUUGGACCUUGCAUCUUUAUCUACAUAUGGCCAUUCAGCAAGAUCUCCAUAGAUAAGAUCCUUUCUGUGUUUUACACCAUUUUUACUCCCCUUUUAAAUCCAAUCAUCUACACAUUCAGGAAUAAAGACAUGAGAAAAGCAAUAAGAAAAAUAAAGAAGAAGCAUGUGAGUCCCAGAUCAACCUUUUAACUGAAACAUUACAAUCAUGAAAGACAUCAUGGUCAUUGUUGCCACCACCAUCAUCCAAAGACACUGAGGUAUACGAUUUUGUAUGAAAUAUAAGCCACAUCUUGAGAACUGGCAAUCCUUCCCUACACAACAUAUAUAUGCAAUAAAACAUCCUGAAUUAUGUAUCCAAACACAAACCUUUCCAAUAUAAUCCAUUCAUGUAUGUUGUAAUUUUCAGGUUUUUGAAAACUAAAUGAGAUUCAAAAUAACUAUUUAUUGAGUUUUAACCACAGAUGAGGCACUUAGCAUGUAUUUUCUCUUCACUUCACAAUGAUGAAAAUAGGGCAUAUUAUUAUUCUCAGUGGAAAACUCAGCAUUAUAAAAUUUAAUGAUUGCCACAGAAAUUCCAAGUACUAGAACAAAAAUCAGAUCCAAACUCUAACUUCAAAAUCUAUGCUUUUAUAAUAGAUUUUUAUCUAAAUUUUCAUAACUUUCAUAAAUGUAUUUCUUGUCCCCUCCUUCACAUGUUCUCAAUAAAUAACUACAACAAGGGCAAAAAAAAAUUUCCCAUUGAUCUGAAAAUAAAAAGUCACCAGCCAUUUCAGUGCCUCAUACCUCUGAUUUAAUAGAAAAGCAUAUUAAGUUAUCUGAAAACAGUGAUCCCAAUAAUCAAGAUGUUAAUCAACACUAAGAUUAAUAUUCCUCAAAAGGGUAGGGAAGAUAACAUAUGAGACUCAAGUGAUUCUCUGUGGUGUCUCAUAAUAUUUUCAUUUCAAGUAAUAAAAGUAAAUGAAAAUGUUUUCCACAUUGACUGCAUCAAUUUACAUUCCCAUCAACAGUGCACAAAGAUAACAUUCUAUGGUGACAGUGACUACACUUAUCCUGAUGAACAUUGAGUACUGUAUAAAACUGCUGAAUCAAUUUAUUGUACACAUGAAACUAAUAUAAUA